AUGCCCAAGCGCAAGGUCGAGCCCUGGUCAGAAGACCAGUGCAAUAAUACUUAUCGUCGAAAGCGUUCCCUCCGCGCUUGUGGGGAGUGCCGCCGACGAAAGCGCAAAUGCGACGGACGGAUGCCCUGUUCGUCCUGUGCAGGUCAUGGUUAUCGCUGCGACGUCGGUCUUACUGCGCUUUCUCCCGUGCAAACCAACGGGGUAGAGAAGCUCGACGAGCCAUCUCCAGAGAUUACCAGUGAAAAUCAGCCCGCGAAACAAGGAAAUCAAGAGACGGGUGACCCCUGGGACACGGUGGUCACUCAAAAACGCCGCUCUCGCAUUAUAAGCCGUCACAGCGCCGCCGCCUUACCACGCGUUCUCGGCCACGAGUUAGACGAUCCAUCACCCCCACGAUUACAUUCCUACGCGUGGAAUAUGGGUAUCCGCACAGAGUGCCGAACCAAAUUUGUUUCCCAGAUCACUUCACUUAUUUCCGAAGAAGAGUGUCUCAGCUUGUCGAAUGUGUUUUUCAGCACCGUUGAAUCUGCAUUUGCCUUCAUCGAGCGAGAAUGGUAUUUUCAACGAGUGCAGUCCAGAUGGCAAUCCAUGCAGAGCGAACCGGGUCUGGAAGCGGUCAUGUGUGGUGUAAUUGCCUUAGGGUCAUUCUUUUCGAACCCAUCCCAUUAUCUCGAAUCUAAGUUUAUCGAUCAGUGUGUGCUCAUUCUGGACAUGGCAAAUGCUGAGCCCAACGCUUACCUGGGAACGGAGUUUUUGGCUGGCUGGAUUCUGCGCUCCUUGUAUAUGCGAUUGACGACACGACCUUAUAUGGCGUGCAUGGCUAGUCAAAUGGCUAUGCAUAUUGCCGAAGUGCUGGGUUUUCAUCGCGAGCUGACGUCCAGAUCUAUGAUCACGACGUCGGACGAAUUGAAUGUGGAUCGCGAGGAGGCUGAGACACGGCGGCGUUAUUUCUGGACGGCCUGGUCGUUGAACUACAUCUUAUCAACUGAAUAUGGUCUUACGCCCGUGCAACUGCGCGCAGUGACUUGUCACCUUCCCUCCAGAGAAAUUGCACGAGCGCCUGCUGGGAUUUUGAAGUUCGUUGAAGCAGUUCGUGUUUUGCAGGACGGUUGCGAAGAUCACGAAAAUCAAGUUCCGAGGGGAGAAAUUGAACAUUAUCUGGGUCGUCUCACUGUCUCCGAGGAAGAUGGAACCGCACUCCUCGCCACAUUUUGCGCUGACAUCUGUCUCUGUCUGUUGCGCCGUGUGCUCUGUGUCACUCGUGCUAUCAACAAAUCUAGCACCUGCACCGCAGUCACCAUCUUGAAAAAAGCGUUUGGCAAGAUUCGCGAGUUAGUCGAUCUACAGCAGCCAUGGUGGAACCUGGUCAGCAUACCAUUCCAGACCAUUUGUGUGUGUUUAUGGUUCAAUUCCAUGCCGAUGCUGUCCCUUCUGCGAGACGCAAUGGAUCUGCUUCGGUUACUUGCACAUACUUUUGAUACGCAGAUGACUCGAGAGGCACUGGCAACCGCUCAGCACCUGAUCAGUGCCUCGCAAGACCAGGAGGAAACAAAAAGCAGACUCAGACAGGCGGCACUAGAUAAUCUCUUGCAAUCACACUCGGCGACUGAUGUGAACCUAUUGUUCCCAGAUGCAGGGCUUGAUCUGCUGGAUGAUUGGCUGGCUCUGCCCUUCUGA